GCUCUCUACCGCUCUACUGAGCCACACCGCAACCAGGGACUGUACACUCUACAAGUUUGACAAGACGUAAGACUCAGUCAGCCACUCAAGACUCUCCUAAGGACUUCUGCGGCUUCUAGCUCCCUACUACCCGAUAAACUCUUUGGGACAGUUACUUACAUCUUAUACUUACAGCAUCACUGAGAUUCAACCAUGGCCGCAUCUCUUCUCAGCAUUGUCGCCUGCUCCAUCCUGCUCUCUGUGCUCCUGCAGAACGGAGCCGGACUCCCUGUGUCUCAGGACUCAGAGUCGGAGGUCCAGUCGUCCGUGCCCGCGGCUCCCCACCACCGGGUCAGAACCAAGCGCUGCUCCUGCAGCAACUGGCUGGACAAGGAGUGCAUCUACUUCUGCCACCUGGACAUCAUCUGGGUCAACACUCCAAGUAAGACUACCCCCUAUGGCCUGGGAAGCCCUCUGUCGCGCCGUCGUCGCCGCUCCACCGGCCGUUGCGGGUGCCACAGCCCCAGUGACCACACCUGCAACAGCUUCUGUCACACCAGUUCGGAAAACCCUGCCCUUGUGAUCGUCAGCCCAGAGGACCGGCAUUCCGAGACAAUGGGUUACCCUGACAACGACCUCCUGACCCUCCUCAGGCAGGUGGUCAGUGCCAACCAGAGAGAGGCCGAGGAGCAGCAGUCCUCCUCCCCGCGGAGGAGAGGCUCUCGGCAGGGUCAGGGUGUCUGGCCCCAGGCCAGCUAGAGGGGGAAACCGCUGGAGACAACCAAGGGGUUGGAGCGAGCAUCCGAACAAAAGACGUCCUCGUCAGGACAGACGCGAGAGGAAAGGAGAGGAGACUUGAGGCGGCAGCAAGGGAGGUUUUCCUUUCUCUGUUGCUCUCUCUGUGACAGCGGAGCCUUCAAGUACAGGCCUGGGCGUCUGCGUCUGUGUUUAUGUUUACACACAGACAGAUCUUCUGCAGAAUAGGUGUGGAGGCUUAUAGGCCUUCUGACAGCAGAAGGCUUAGAGAAUCAACAAGAAGAAGAAAUAAAAGAAGAAUGAGAAGAAGAAAGAGAAGAAGGACUAAGCAAAAUUCACUCUGCUCAUGUAGCCUUGUCCAUCGACAUUUCGGAGGACCUGAGGAGAAACUGAAGGUUUCUCGAUACUCAAGUGUUCUGAUGCAUCGACUACACUGCAGCAGAGUCUGACUCUGACCUUGCUUCUCUGAUGGACAGUUCAGCACUGCAUUGUUAUGGCAGAAUGCUGUCUUCGUCGUCACCAAUGAGUUGACUGUUCUGACAACACCGAACUGGAAUACUCGUUAGGAAUAUCAUACCAUACCAUUAUACCUUUGAAGAUAGUUUACUGUAUUAGCUGUAUAUCCAAUGACAAUGUAUGUUCUUUUUUGCAGUCGCAAUUAUUUUUAUUUGAUUGUGCAAAUAUCCUCAUAAUCUAUCGGAAGAUGGUUCAAGCAUACCGUGUCAUAUAGACAUUUUAUCUCUUGUGAUUUAUUUUUCUCUGAAUCAGAGCAAACUUGGGUUUCAUUUCAUUUAGAGAUGAAAUUGACAGUGUCCAGUUGUCAUUGUUCGCUUCUCAGGACUUUACUACAAAACACGUAUCAAUCCUUACCCUAAACAGACCAAGUCCAUAUUCAAAACAUCUCUCCCCACAUGGCUUUGCACAGUUGUUGCUGGACUUCACUUCACAAAAAGGGCUGAUUCCACAACAACAAUAUUAUCUUUUUCACUCAGCUUUAGUUCUACUAUAAUCAGGUUUGCUCCUAUAUUCACCUUUGCUAAUCUGUGGUAGUAAAGAUGUGCCGUUAAGUCGUAGUAUAGAGGCAAAGGUUGAAAUAGGAAAACAUUGACCAUGCCACAAAGAGUGUAUUGUGAAAAAAAGCUGAUAAAAACACAGCGCUGCAGCGCAUGGGGAAGGAGUAUGGAGGGCAUAUUUUCUUGGCACCAUGUUUGCUUUGACUUAAAUAAUGAAGAAAGGCCUCCUAUUAUACUGUUAUCUCCUCAACUUAGCCCUCUUUCCAGGUUUUCCUUUGGCACCGACCCGGCAUCUUGGUGGUGGCGAGGUGGGAGCAUUGGUGGCCUAAGCUACUGAAUGUUUUGAUUGUUUGGAACGCCAAAGCAACUUUGAAUAGGCCCCUGGCGAUGCCAAGAAAACGCUGUAAUUGUUUUUUCCUAUUGAAACAAACGACGGGCCCCAGGUCCUGUAAAUUGCCCAUUAGGAAAGAGGAGGGAGGGGGAAAAAAGCCUGGAAUGUCACUGGAAUGUGUUUGUGUCUGCCGGUCACCUCAGUGUAUACGCACACGUCAAGGUGCGUGUUGAAAGAUGGGCUGGCAUCCCGCCGGCGUCUCAAAUUCAAGUUCAGGGUCGCUGUGUUGUGUAAAGUUUUCAGUUGUGUUUUGUUUUAUGACCUUAUAUUGUUUAUUUAUUUGUCGUCUUUUCAUCAAAUCAAGAUGUAUCAAAAAUGCUGGAUUGUUCUUCAGUUUUGAGUUUUCGUCAUUGGGAGGACAACAUUCUUUUUUGAGAAUCUCAAGGAUACUUGAAUGUACACUCUUCAAAAGCCAUGAACGAGUCUACUGAACAGAUGUAGGUUUUUUUUGUCCAGUCUGCUGUCUUAUUUAUUUAACUUAUUGGACUUCAUAUUAUAUGUUAUAUUUAUAUUUAAGAGAAACCAUUCUAUGUAUGUAUUUGAAAUG